CGCACGGAUCGAGGGUCAUUAUUAACGUCCGGAUCGGAUCGGGAGGGAACGGUUACAGGAAAAGGUUUUCAAACUUCAAACAAUACGUGAAGAAAGUGAAGAUAACUCAAUCCUUGUGUGAUUUAACACCAAUGAUAGGAGGCUAAGGCCAAUUGUUGAGAAUGGCGGGAGUCGGGACGACCGAAUCGUUUUUGGAUUUUGGUUUUCAGAACUCCACUCUCCCGUUCGACACUGAAAAUGUAAGCAAACCGAGAUGCUUUCAAGGAUCUCCAGAAUGUGUCUGGAUGUUCCAUGGUUAUUACAGCGAUCUUACACAGUUAGCCAGCGUCUACAUCAUCUUCAUCGUCAUCUUCGUAGUUAUCAUGGCCCUGGGAAUAGCUGGCAAUUCUAUGGUCAUCGGUGUCGUCUGGUCAAAUCGGUCAAUGAGGACUCCGACCAAUUAUUACAUCGUCAGUCUGGCGGUCAGUGACCUUUUGGUAAUCACGUUUGCCAUGCCGCUUAAACUUAUUGAAUACACAGCGGAUGUCGAUCUUAAGAUAUUCAGCACGGCUCUCUGUUCUUUCGCAGCCUUUGUCAUGCCGGCAGUGGUUUUUACCAGUAUCUGGACCCUAGUGGCCAUCUCGAUAGACCGAUACCUGGUGAUUAUCCAUCCUCUAAGAGCACGCUCCUUCAACACCCGUUCCCGAGCGCUCCGGACCAUUGUCAUCAUCUGGCUAACCCCUUUUGUCAUCCUUGCCCCCUACUUCUACCCCUACCACGUCCUCCACUACUACUUCCAGAGCGAGAUGGGGGUCAUCCGUCGCCGGAUUUGUACCGAUCGGUUCAUAGAUAUCGGCGGCCCUGCUUUCUCCAUGGCAUACAACGUGUUCCUCUUUGGGGUGUUGUUCUUGGUGCCGGUGAUCUUACUGGGGUUCACCUGCGGCUCCAUAGCAAAGCGACUCAUGAGUCUGACAGAAGACGAAAAGAUGCUCAAGAAUUCGGUCAGGAAGGAGGAUGCAAGCAGAAAAAAGGUGGCGAAGAUGGUUCUGAUCGUGGUGUUUUGUUUCUUCAUCUGCUGGUUCCCGUACUUUCUGGUGAGCAUGAUAGCUCAGUUCACAACACUCUUACAUGAUAGGAACUACAUCUUUUCUCUUCUCCUCAUUCAUCUUUUCGGCUUUGCCAACUCCUUCAUGAACCCUGUAAUAUACGCCUUGAUGAGUCAGGCUUUCCGCACCGGAUUCUGGUUGAUUUUGACCCUAUGUUGUCCUCAGUACCGUGAUCUCGUCGGACCAAGCAACCGAAGCGGUGGCGGCCGCAGUGUAACCGCUGUUUCACAAACAGAGGUAGCGACCGAGCGGCAAACUGCAAAGCGCGGUUAUAACCGCUUCUUCCGACGCGAGAGCACGCAGUUCUCUGCCGUCUCUGACCACGAUGAGGAUCGCAUAGGAAUGACUAAGAUUGGGAAAGUGGGAAACAGCUCCAACAACAACAAUCGAAGGAUGGCCAACAACCAGACGGUACAGGAAGCUGAACGGAAGCAACGGGCAGAGCGUCUGUUGCAUAAGUUCUUGGAUGAUGAACCACCAAGAAAAUUGACUGAUGUUGAGACUGUCGGUAGAAACACCAAUGGUGUGGGUCAAUCACCAGAAUCGAAUGAGUGCGAGACGCCACUUAUUGGAAAUGAUUAUCAGGAAGAAAGUUGUAAGCUUAACGGCCCACAUGACGUCGUGUACCGAAAGAGUGUAUCAAGCCCUGUUGACGUCACUGGCAAUGAUCCUGGAAGUAGAAUAGCCGAUGGUCAAGUGGUUGGCCAAGAUGGACAGGUCUGUGUAAGUACCGAGACUGAUAAGAAUCUUCAGGACAUGGCACCGCAGGAUGAGCUAAUCAAGUUCAAUGCGAGUAUUUCAAAGUGUGCGGCAUGGAAGGCGGCAAACGACGUUUCUUCACAGGAUGGCGUUAUUGUAAUGAUAAACGAAGAUGUACCAGAUGCUGAGCGGUCUCACAAUGGUAGGGACACGGUUCCGCAGAAAGCCAUUCACAACUCAUCAACGCCUGGUGUGGAACAACUCAUGGACUGUGAACACGGAACCGCAUGGGACUUAGCCAAAGCUAGUAAUGGACCUGUUCUAGACGAAGCCACUACAAAAGUGUGAAUGAGACAAGAUACAACCGGACACAUAACUGUGAGGACAAUUCGAAACAAAUUUUACCAUUCUUUUAACGCUCAGAGGAGAUUGGAAAAAAGAUAAAUUAAUCACAAAUUAUAAAACUCUUUUAAAGCACAGAGGAGAACCUUUAUGCAAUACCUGAAUUUAGUUCCUGAAGAGACAAUGAUCUAUACGUUCAAGGAGAUGAUAUAUUUUGACAAGGCAGACAGAAGAAAACGUCGUAUUUUGUAUACAAACACUGUAAAUAUUGUUCAAACUUAUUUACUUGCAAAAAAGCAAUUUGAAAAAGCUGAGUUCUGCAGCCUCAAAUUCAAUUUUUCAAAGAUUAUUUGACCUGAAUAAUGGUGAUAAUUUAUUGUAUUAUCUUGUGGUAUUGUGUCCCUGUGUGUUCCUGAUGCAUUUUUAGGAUUACUUGCUAGUUGGUCUUUAACGGCGACAUAUCUGUCCAAAAUAUCGCUGCAUUAAACAUCACACCCUCAAUAUCACUUGAUCCUAUAGCACUUUUUUUAAAAUAAAUAUCGUACAAAAAUACAUAAUGGUGUGAUGAAUAUUGGGGAUGAGGUCUAUAAAAAAAAAAAAUUGAUACAAGUUUUUAUCUCUCCAAGAUGUCGAAUUUUUUCAAAUUAUUUGUUCUCACUGUUUAAAAAAUAAAAAUAUUUGUAAAAAAAAAAUGGCACUGAAAAAGCAAAAUGGAUAGAAAUGAGAUAUUGUAUGUUUUAAUUGUUAGUUAAUAAUACUACACAAUUACCUUUGAACGAAUUAAACCUUUGUUCGAGUACCCGAAGCAAUUUGAAUGCGUUGGUUAUGAUUCUAUGUAGUUAAAAUCGUUUAUGAUGUACACAUUAAUCCUGAAUGUCAACAGAUUUAUAUGUAAAAUAUACCUAGUCAUUUUAAAUAUUAGAAGGUGACUUUAUCCUGACAUGGCUGUUCUUGGGAUCUUUUAGUAAGCUAAAAUGUAAUCAAUGAUUAUGCAAACUUUUGUCGUGAUUUUCGAAACUUUCACAAAUCAUAAUAAUUUGUAUUCUGUUUAAGAUUUUUCUCAAACCUUCACAGACUAUUUUUUCUUCAUUUUCAUGUUGUAUUGAAAUAUACUUGAUGUCAGGGUAGACUUACUCUAUUAAUGAUUUGGAAAUAAUGGUUGUUUUUAACCAUAAUGUACUUGUUCCUACAUUUACUGUGCUUGGUUUUGAUGUCAAUAACAACAAUAAUAAUGUUCCUUUGGGUGUGAAAGUAUACUGUGCUAUCUAUAAGAUAGUUGCGUAAAUAUUAAUUCAUUUUUCUAUUGUAAGUAUGACACGUACUCAUGUCUUCGACACUUGUUUUAAUUAAUGUUCAUACUUCAACUAAAUAUCAGCUGUGAAUUACGACUAGGUAGACUAAUUUGCUGUGAAAAACCCUUCACUUUAAAAAAAUAUAUGUUUAUUCGAUGAUAUCCUAGAAAGUGUGCUUACCAGUAAAUUCUUUUGAUGACGCUACUCAAGUUAAAUCAUUCUGUAUUAAACACAAUGCACUCGUGUUUAUUUUCUAUAUCACGACUUACAAAAUCAACAGCACAGAUGUGAUAGAUAUAGGUGUACGUACCAGCAAUUUGUUGAGUAGAGUCUUGCAGAAAAAAAUAUUACUGUUGCUAUGCUGCUAUGUUGUUUAUGUACUCGUAAGAAGGUUUGAAUGAUGCUCUUAAACUAAAGCAAGAUCAUUAUGAAAAUUAAAAAAUCAGUUUGGAUAUUCGAUUUUACAUAUGGGGGCGGGGCAAGGGUUCCCCAUCCUGGUACAGACGGCGUUGAUAGAACAUAUAUCAUGCUUUGACGUCUCUCAUGUUUCGAAUAAAAUGAAAAUUAGGUUUCUUCCUAGAACAUGCAAUGUUUGUAUUACACAAAAUCAAGAUUAAUCAGAAUACAUAAAAUAAUGUGCAAAAUAAAGGCACAUCCCUAAAAACUAAUUUAAAGACCUUAUUCAAACUAUGUUUAACAAAUAUCGGGCUUGAUUUACAGUGCUUUCUGUAUCAAAGAUAAGUUUUUAUGUGAAAUAUUAACUCAAACUAUCGUAAGACAAGAGUGAGCAGGGUAGAAAAGGUAAACGUGAGCUAUAUUUGAUUUCAGCUGAAAUUAGUCAUGGAAGUGAUUGGUGCAAUAGGAUUGUAUUCAUUUGAAAAAUAUGAUUGUGUUUUAUGUAAUUUGUAUUCAGAAGUUAGGUUCAAUAAAACGUUUGUGCUAAUGUGAA